AUGUCACCCUACAGAUGUUCUGAGUGUGGGAAAAGCUUCAGUCAUAGAUCAGCCCUUAUUAGACACCAGGGAAUCCACACUGGAGAGACACCCUACACGUGCUCUGAGUGUGGGAAAACCUUCAGGCUUAGCUCAGCCCUUACCAUACAUUGGAAAAUCCACAGUGGAGAGACACCCUACACAUGCAAUAGCUGCGGGAAAAGCUUCAGUCAUAGCUCAGCCCUUAUUAGACACCGGAGAAUCCACACGGGUGAGAUGCCCUAUGAAUGCAGGGAGUGUGGGAAAAACUUCACUCACAGAUCAGGCCUUUUUCAACAUCAGAGAAUCCACACAGGGGAGAGGCCCUAUGAAUGCAGUGAGUGUGGGAAAACCUUCAUUCGGCGCGCACAUCUUAUUACACAUCAGAGAAUCCACACAGGAGAGAAACCCAAUGAAUGCAGUGAGUGUGGGGAAACCUUCAGUCAACGCUCAAGCCUUGUUAGUCAUCAGAGAGUCCACACAGGGGAGAGGCCCUAUGAAUGCAGUGAGUGUGGGAAAACCUUCAGUCAACGCUCAAGCCUUGUUAGUCAUCAGAGAAUCCACACAGGGGAGAGGCCCUAUGAAUGCAGUGAGUGUGGAAAAACCUUCAAUCACAGCUCACACCUUAUUACCCAUCAGAGAAUCCACACAGGAGAGAGGCCCUGUGAAUGCAGUGAGUGUGGGAAAACCUUCAAUUGCAGCUCACAUCUUAUUACCCAUCAGAGAAUUCACACAGGAGAGAGGCCGUAUGAAUGCAGUGAGUGUGGGAAAACCUUCAAUUGCAGCUCACACCUUAUUACCCAUCAGAGAAUCCACACGGGAGAGAGGCCAUAUGAAUGCAGUGAGUGUGGGAAAACCUUCAAUCGCAGCUCAAACCUUAUUACCCAUCAGAGAAUCCACACAAGGGAGCGGCCCUAUGAAUGCAGUGAGUGUGGGAAAAGCUUCACUAACAGAGCAGCCCAUCUUAAUCAUCAGAGAAUCCACACAGGGGAGAGGCCCUAUGAAUGCAGUGUGUGUGGGAAAAACUUCACUCAUAGAUCAGGCCUUUUUCAACAUCAGAGAAUCCACACAGGGGAGAGGCCCUAUGAAUGCAGUGAGUGUGGGAAAACCUUCAUUCGGCGCUCACAUCUUAUUACACAUCAGAGAAUCCACACAGGAGAGAAACCCAAUGAAUGCAGUGAGUGUGGGGAAACCUUCAGGCAACGCUCCAGCCUUGUUAGUCAUCAGAGAAUCCACACAGGGGAGAAACCCUAUGAAUGCAGGGACUGUGGGAAAACCUUUUUUUGGAGUUCAGCCCAUAUUAGGCAUCAGAGAAUUCACACAGGGGAGAGACCCUACGAAUGCGGUGAGUGUGGGAAAACCUUUGUUCGGAACUCACACCUUGUUACGCAUCAGAGAAUCCACACCGGGGAGCGACCCUAUGAAUGCUGCGAGUGCGGGAAAAGCUUCAGCGACAGUUCAGCCCUUGUUACGCAUCGAAGAACCCACACUGGAGAGACGCCCUACGAGUGCCAGGAGUGCGGGAAAAACUUCACUCGGAGCUCCAACCUUAUUAUGCACCAGCGAAUCCAUACGGGAGAGAGACCCUACGAAUGCAUUCAGUGCGGGAAAACCUUCGCUCGGCGGUCAAACCUGAUUAGACAUCAGAGGAUCUAUACAGGCGAGGGUCCCUAUAUAUGCGCCGAGUGUGGGAAAAUAUUCCAUCAGAGCUCGGCCCUUGUUUAUCAUCAGAGAAUCCACACAGGAGAGCGCCCCUAUGAAUGCUGUGAGUGCGGGCAAACGUUCCCUCAGAGCUCAGCCCUUCUUAAACAUCAGAGAAUCCAUACAAGAGACAGACCCUAUAAGUGCUGUGAGUGUGGCAAAAGUUUCACUCGGAGCUCUACCCUUACUAGACAUCAGAGGAUUCACACAGGAGAGAGACCGUAUAAAUGCUGUGAGUGCGGGAAAAGCUUCGCUUUCAAAUCAGACAUUAAUAUACAUCAGAGGAUUCACGUGGGAGAACGCCCCUGCAAAUGCUGCGAAUGCAGGAACGAGUUCAGUCAGAAAUCACACCUUAUCACACAUCAAACAGGCCACAAAGGAACCAGGCCUUACAAGUGUAAAAUAUGCCCCAAAGUGAUUUCUUUAAAUUUGUCAGCCCAGCAGAGAACACCCACAGGAGAGAGAAAAAACACAUGCACCGAGUGUGGGAAACACUUCAGUAGCCGCUCAGACCUUAUGAAACAUGAGCGAAUCCACACUGGAGAGAGGCCCUAUGGAUGCGGGGUGUGCGGGAAAACCUUCAGCCAGAGCUCCCACCUUGUUCGGCAUCACAGGAUCCACUCAGGGGAGAGACCCCAUGAGUGCGGCAAGUGCGGGAAACACUUCACUCUGAGCUCCGCCCUGAUUAGACACCAGAGGAUCCACACAGGAGAGCGACCCUAUGAGUGCAGUGAGUGCGGGAAAACCUUCACUGACAGCUCCGCCCUUAUUAAUCACCAGAGGACCCACACGGGAGAGCGACCCUAUACAUGCUGUGAGUGCGGGAAACAGUUCACUCGGAGCUCAGGGCUUAUUAUACAUCAGAGGAUCCACACAGGAGAGAGGCCCUAUGAGUGCUGCGAGUGCGGGAAAAGCUUCACUGUCAACUCAGACCUAAUUAAUCAUCAGAGGAUCCACACAGGAGAGAGGCCCCAUGAAUGCUGCGAGUGCGGGAAAAGCUUCACUCAGAGCUCGGCCCUUAUUAGACAUCAGACAAUCCACACAGGGGAGCGACCGUAUAAAUGUUGUGAGUGCGGGAAAAGCUUCACUGUCAAGUCAGAUCUUAUUGGACAUCAGAGAAUCCACACGGGAAAGAUCCCCUAUAAAUGCUCUGAGUGCGGGAAAUCUUUCACGCAGAACUCAGCCCUUAUUACGCAUCAGAGGAUCCACACAGGAGAGAGACCCUAUGAAUGCCGUGAAUGCGGGAAAAAAUUCACUGUCAAGUCAGACCUUAAUAGGCAUCAGAGGGUCCACACGGGAGAGCGCCCCUAUGAGUGCUCUGAGUGCGGGAAACAGUUCAGUCAGAAAUCAAACCUUAGUGCACAUCAGACAAGCCACACAGGAGAGACACCUUAUCAGUGCUGUGAGUGCGGGAAAGGCUUCAGUGUGAGCUCAGCCCUUAUAAUACAUCAGAGAAUUCACACGGGAGAGAGACCCUAUCGAUGCUCAGUGUGCGGGAAAAGUUUCAUCCGCAGCUCACACCUGAAUAGACAUCAGAGUCUCCACCGGAGAGAGAGACAGCAUCAAAACUUUGCGUAGGGCAGAGAAAAGAUCAUUUUUUAAAACACAUUUG